AUGCCUUACGUGAAGUCCACAGUCCACAUCUCGCGUAUUGCAGGCACUGCCCUCAAGACCUUCACCCACGGCUACGCCCAAACCGUUACCGCCCUUGCCGCUCAAAACCACAACUCCUCGUCGCCUCUUACCGACGCUCUUGUUGGCAAAUACCGCAAAAGCGAGCACAGCAGAGCGAGCAAUGUCCUGCAGAACAUCGAGCAGGCUCGCCAGGCGAGCACCCUCUCCUCGGGUCGAGCGGAGACCGGCCAGCAAGAUCAUGGCAUAGACAAAUACUUCAGCGCAUGGCAGAAACAACACCAGCGGAAUACCACCAAGGAAUGGCAACCCUUUCACAUUGCGCGCGGCAUCGAAUGGCAGCCUCCCAGUGUCGUUCCAGCCCCGGCGCAAGAUGUGCAGGCGGCUGCCAUCACGGAGGAUGUGCAGGAGCAGAAGAACGCGGAUCUGACUCCGCCGAGUCUGAAGCGCUCCUACAGUACGAGUGCGUUGGACAACUUUGGCAAGGCGUUCAGCCAUGAUGAAGCUGCGGAGGCCGAAGCGCUUGAAAAGGUCAACAUUGCCAUUGCCGAGGAGAUUCAGAAGUUCAAGUCGGAUGCGGACGAUCUUGAAGUGUCGAAGUCUGCCAGUGAGGUAUCGGUCACACGAGAGGCGGUCGACGCAUAUACACUCGAGCUUCUGCAACUCGUCGAGGCUGAGAGAUAUCAUGAGAUCCCGGCAGCUUUCCAGGAGAUGUUGCGCGCUGGCGUGCAACGUCCAUCCCCGUCAGCAUACCGCGCCCUUAUUUGCUCCGCCAUCGCGAUCACCUCUGGGAAGCAGCAACAAAUCCCCAAGGCCCUCGAAGUCUACUCGGACAUGCUGCGCCGAAAGGUCACUCCCGAUACUGCGACGUUUGGAAUCCUCAUUGGACUCCUGGCAAACCGGGCUUCGGAAGCAGUGACACUGCGCAAAGGUCUCGAGGAGCGAUUGAGCCGUUACGGUGGACUGCACGGUCCUGGAAAGUUCAUGUUUCAAUCAACCCAGUCCGAGCACUCCAUGCUCCUGGAGGACUCGUCGCUUUCGAUUGCUUUGAAGAUGUUCGACCGAGCGUCGCAAGUUGAUGGCGAGAAACUGUCAAGCGAAGCUUGUGCCGCUCUCGUCGUCGCGUGCGCCGAGCAAGGGCGUAUCGAGGAUAUGACUCGGGUGUACUCUCACAUGGAGCAUGUUUCACUGGAUCCCCAGUCCAGCAUGUAUCCUCCGAUGAUUGUGGCUUUUGGAGUCAGCGGUGACUUGAAGAGCGCAGUCGACGUGUACGAUGACUACAAAAAUCUGGCCGUGGCGAACAAUGCUGGGAAGAACACAAUGCUUCGCAAUGACCACGACAUCUACGCUGCGUUGAUCAAAGCGUACGGCUCUUCCGACCGCUUGAAGAACGGCUUGAAGUUUCUGUCGAGUGUGCAGUCAGAAGUCGCCGAUGCAGCUGAGCUCGGGCAAUUGCGAGAUGUUGUGGCGCUUCAGGCCCUUCUUCCGCUUGCUCUCAGAGAUGAUACCUUCCGGAAUGCCUUCGACCUGACCCAGUCGUUGUCGGGACAAGCUUUGACUUCCGCGCUCGCAUCGAUCUGCAUUCAAGCCGCCGAUAAGAAUGUCCUGGACGUCAGCAUCAGAGCAUUCGACAAGCUUGCUGCUCAAACACAAGAUCUUGCGCAGCCUGCCAUGGCUGUCGUAGCGAUGCAUAUCCGCAACGCCAAUGUGGAGGCAGCUGAGCCGUACUGGCGAAUCCUCGAGUCUGCGCCGACCAGUAUCACGUUCAUCGAGCCCAGUACCAUGCGGACUGUCGCUCUGAUUGGAAUGAACCAAGCGGAGCGUGGCUUGAGACAUAGCCGACGCAUGUUUGGCCGCAUCCGUGACUCUCAGACGGAGAGCAAGCAAAUCGAGGCUGUUGAGCAGAUUGACGAGGCUCUGGAAUUGAUUGGCAAUUUUAUGCUCCGGAACCCUCUCCACCUCACGUCCGAAUCGAGCGUGGAGUUGCUUCGGAUGAUGACGGAGAACGGUGGAUUGGUGCAGCCAGUGGCAGAGCAUCUGGUUGCAAGGCUCAGUGCCGACUCAAUCACGCGACUGGGCAACGCCGACACCGAGCUCCUGACCCGAACUCAAGCUGGGAUGAUCCUGGAUGCUGCUGGCGCUGACAUUGCAGGGCCUGCCCGGUUCGGCUGUCUGUUGGAGAAUAUCGUGUCCAAACGCAUCAUGCCAGCUUCCGAGACGGAGACCAUGAUUGAGAAGGCUCUGAUCAACAUCGACAACGCCGGCUUGUCAAGCCUUUGGAACACCUACCGCUACCCUCCGACCCCGGCCUCCUUUGCAGCACCAUUCUCGCCUGUUGUGCAAUACUCACCGCACACCCCAGUCUUUGCUGGUCAGACGGCGUUUGACGACUCGUUCGAUCCGUACGCUGCACGCACCGAUGUCAAGGGCUCGAAUGCGAUCAACGAGCUGCUUGAGAGGCCACAAGGACGACGCACUGCCGAGGCUCUCACCAAGUUCCGAAACAUGCGCCGAGCUGGACGUGUGCCACGCAUGUUCACCUACGGCAAGCUGAUUGAGAGUGCAGCCAAGGAGAACAACCUCACGCUAGCUCACGACAUUCUUGAGAUGGCCAAGCAGGACGUGCCAUUCGAUGCGCGGUACCGCGUUGUCCGUUUCGGCUGGCAGCAAAUCCUUGACCACAUGGUCGCCGGCUGUCUGAGCAUCGGUCGCAGAGACUUGGCCGCUCGCUACCAUCAGGAUCUCCUGGAUUUGGGUGCUGCGCCGUCCGCAAACACUUUUGGGCUAUACAUCACCACGUUGAAGGAAAAUACCAAGACGUUUGACGAGGCCACCGAAGCGGUCAAGAUCUUCCAUCGCGCAAAGGCGGAGGGCGUUGAGCCUUCCUCCUUCCUCUACAAUGCGUUGAUUGGCAAGCUGGGCAAGGCUCGUCGCAUCGAUGACUGCCUCUUCUACUUUGCCGAGAUGCGCAAUUUGGGUAUCCGCCCGACGUCCGUUACGUACGGCACGAUCGUCAAUGCCCUCUGCCGUGUUUCCGACGAGAAGUUUGCCGAAGAGAUCUUCGAGGAGAUGGAGAGCUGCACCAACUACAAGCCGCGCCCCGCCCCGUACCACAGCCUGAUGCAAUUCUUCCUCAGCACGAAGCGCGACCGCGGCAAAGUGCUGGCCUACUACGAACGCAUGCGCAGCAAGGGCAUCCAGCCGACGGUGCACACCUACAAGCUCCUCAUCGACACCCACGCCACGCUGGAACCGGUUAACAUGCCUGCCGCCGAGGCCGUGCUGGAGCAAAUGCGCGCCGAUGCCAUUGAGCCCGAGGCGGUGCACUAUGCUUCUCUCAUUCACGCCAAAGGCUGCGUCUUGCACGACAUGGCUGGCGCGCGUGCCCUCUUCGACUCCGUCAUCUCCGAAGGCAAGACGCGACCGCAGCCGUGCUUGUACCAGGCUCUGUUCGAGUCGCUCAACGCCAACCACCUUGUUGGCGAGUGUGGGGCGCUGCUGGAUGACAUGUCGGCACGAGGUGUGGAAUUUACGCCGUACAUUGCCAACGCACUGAUCCACGGCUGGACGCUGGAGAAGGAGGUCAGCAAGGCGCGCGAGGCUUUUGAUCGGGUGUCUAUUGCGAAGAGAGAGCCUUCGACUUAUGAGGCUAUGGUUCGGGCGUAUCUUGCUGUUGGUGAGAGGGAAAAUGCCCGAGGGAUCGUGAGGGAGGCGCUUGGACGGGGUUAUCCGAGCGCUGUUGCGGGCAAGAUUGCAGAGUUGGUGAGGUGA